UUUUACUAGCUCCCCGCUGAUUGGUUGGUUUGCUGCAUACGUGUAGUGGUUCCUCCGUUUUGUAACAACAAACGUGCCUGUUACAAAACUUACCUUAUUCAACAACGGAGCAAAGCGGAACCAGACGCGUCAAAAACCGGCUGAAGAAAUGGCUCACAUCUGCAUCCACUGGUUCCGGAAGGGACUCAGGCUACAUGACAACCCGGCCCUGGUUGCUGCUCUGAGAGACAGUAAGGAGCUGUAUCCUGUAUUCAUCCUGGACCCUUACCUGCACAACAGUCACGUGGGCAUCAACCGCUGGAGGUUCCUCAUUGGAGCACUCGAAGACCUGGACCGCAGCCUGAGGAGACUCAACUCCAGGCUGUUUGUUCUGAAGGGGAAGCCAGAAGAUGUGUUCCCAAAGUUGUUCACCAAGUGGAAGGUAACAAAGCUGACCUAUGAGUACGACACGGAGCCGUACAGUCUGAGGCGGGACAAAGCUGUGGCAGCGCUGGCCAGAGAACACAGAGUCAGUGUCAUCUACCAGAUCUCCCACACUCUGUAUGAUAUCGACCGGAUAAUAGAAGAAAACGGCGGGAAGCCUCCUCUGACUUAUAACCGUUUACGAGAACUGGCUCGAAAACUGGGUCCACCUAAAAAGCCGAUCCCUGCUCCGACCCUUGAAGACAUGAAAGAUGUUACGACACCAUGCUCGGAGAAAGACCAGAAGAAAUACGGGAUUCCUACGCUGGAGGAACUCAGUCUGGACACCACAUCUCUCGGUGAGGAGCUCUUUCCAGGAGGAGAACAGGAGGCUUUAAGGAGACUAGAUGAGCACAUGAAAAGAACGGGUUGGGUGUGCAGCUUUGAGAAGCCACUGACGUCUCCGAACUCUCUGAGUCCCAGCACCACCGUCCUCAGCCCAUACGUCACCUUCGGCUGCCUGUCAGCCAGAACCUUCUGGUGGAGACUCGCAGACGUGUAUCAAGGGAAGAAGCACUCCGACCCUCCUGUCUCCCUUCACGGUCAGUUACUCUGGAGAGAGUUCUUCUACACGGCCAGUGUGGGAAUUCCCAAUUUUAACAAGAUGGAGGGCAACCCUGUGUGCACACAGGUGGACUGGGACACAAAUCCGGAAUAUUUGGCAGCAUGGAGAGAGGCUCGGACCGGAUUUCCCUUCAUUGAUGCCAUCAUGACCCAGCUCAGAACAGAGGGCUGGAUGCACCACCUGGCCAGGCACGCUGUUGCUUGUUUCCUCACCAGGGGAGACCUGUGGAUCAGCUGGGAAGAAGGCCAGAAGGUGUUUGAGGCGCUCCUGCUGGAUGGAGACUGGGCUCUGAACGCUGGGAACUGGCAGUGGCUGUCAGCGAGCACCUUCUUCCACCAGUUCUUCAGGGUCUACUCUCCGGUCGCCUUCGGCAAAAAGACGGACAAAAAUGGAGACUACAUCAAAAAAUACCUCCCUGUAUUAAAGAAGUUCCCAGCUGAGUACAUCUAUGAGCCUUGGAAAGCUCCACGCUGUGUCCAGCAGGCAGCAGGAUGCAUUGUGGGUAAAGACUACCCACGCCCACUUGUGAAGCAUGAAGAGGUCAGCAAGAGAAACAUCCAGAGGAUGAAGCGAGCGUAUGCACAGAGGUCUUCCAACGUCCCUGAGUCACCCGCCAAAAAGCAAGGUGUAAAGCGCAAGAAUCCGUCUGUUCUUGAGAUGCUGCAGAAGAAGAUUAGAAAAGAGUGAUGACACACAAGGGAGGUCACACAGCUGUUCAUGUUGGUCAAGUGUUCUCCCAUUUCUGCUUCCUCGGAGCUGACACUGGUGUGAAUAUCAAGAGGAUGAUGUCACAUCAUUCUCAUCAUCGGCGGGCAGACGGCUGUACGGAGCUUGAACUCGGUCUCCCGGGAGAUCAAACAUCAAAACAACCUGCUGCCUCAAAUGCACGCAGGAGUGCAAUAAUCUCAUUCCAGUUAUUAUUAUUUGACAUAUUUAGAGUCACCAGUGAACACUUUCUGGAUAUAAUGCAGAGUUUUCUGAUCCCGUAGAGGUGACCUGCUGGACGUGUCUCUGCUGUGUGUCAACACCUCACAACUCAGACCAUCUUGGAUCAGCACGAGAUCGCGUCCGAGUUAGGACGGUGUGUUCUCAUGCAGCGGGGGUUUCAUGUAGACGAGCUUUAUCGUGGCAGUGCGUUUAAACUUUCACAUAAAAACAACUGAUUCCUCCCUUAGUGUGAUCUAAUGAUCAAGCUACUGAUGCACAAACUAACUUAUAAAUAUCUAACCUGCUCGAUAAGUGCUGUUUUCUCUCUCUCUCUCUCUCUCUCUCUCUCUCUCUCUCUCUCUCUCUCUCUCUCUCUCUCUCUCUCAUGACAUGAGAAUCCAGGGUGAGAGCUGGGUCAAAGGUCACACCAAGAUUCCUAACAGAAGGUUUGGUGUGAGAAGCAAGCUGACCAAGAGAGUCUCUGACUUUGGGAACCAGCUUGUCUGGGGCACAGAUGAGGAUCUCAGUCUUAUCUUCAUUCAGCUGAAGAAAGCUCCCAGCCAUCCAGGUUUUGAUAGAGUCUAAGCAGGUGUGUAACAGCUGCAGCUUAGACAUCUCAUGGGGCUUAAAGGAGAUGUACAGUUGGACGUCAUCUGCAUAAAGAUGGUAGGAGAUUCCUUUGAAGGAGCUCAGGAUGUGCUGAAGAGGAAGCAGAUAGAGGACUAAGCUACACCAGAAAAUGAUACAUAAAUGCAGCAUGAAGCAAGGCUAAAGUUGUAUUCUGACUAGCAGAUUUAUUACAACAGGAGUCUUGCUGACGAGACUUUGGUCCAGUUUUAGAUUUUCCUCGAGUCUUCCUAGAAAAAACGGAUCAGCGAGAUGUUUUCUUGUGGUUCUACACUUUUGCCUCUCUAACUUUAAAUAAACUAACAUAAAAUAACAUCA